AUGGCGUGGUCUGCUAUAAAGCGCAGGCAAUUGGAGGAUGGUUUUGGUUCCUUUGAGUUUCAGUUUCAGACCCAGAAGAGGAUAAGGUCUUCUAGGGUUUCUGAGAAUGUAGCCGUUGAGGAAAAGUCGACCGUUGGUCUUCCUCUGCGCAAGGGUCUGGCUUCGUCUGCUACAAAAAAUGCCGACCCUGAAUCAGAAGAUCUGAGUUUUGAUGAAAUCUGUCAGACCCAGAAGAGGAAGAGGUCUUCUUGGGUUUCUGAGACCCAAGGGAAUGUAGCCGUUGAAAAAAAGUCGACUGUUGGUCUUCCUCUGCGCAAAGUCAAAGGUUUGGUUUCGUCUGCUUCAAAAGAGACGUUGGAUUGUUCCAAAGUCUUGGAUUCUCUGAUGAACCUCGGCCAUGCGAGCUACUUCAACAAGCCUGUUGUUGAUCCUGUGGCUGAGAAUUUACCGGGUUAUUUCGACGAAAUCUGGAGGCCGAUGGAUUUGGGUACUGUGAAAUCGAAAUUGGAGAAGGGUGUCUACUCCAGCGCUGAUGGCUUUGCUGCUGAUGUCAGGCUUAUCUUCUCAAACGCUUUCAGAUAUUUCCCCCUUGGGAGUAGAAAUCGUGCAGCAGCCAAGCAUCUCAGUGGGGUUUUUGAGACCCAGUGGAAAGAAGCCGAGGAGAAAAUGUCAAAGACUGCUUGUCCUCCUCCUACUCCUCCUCUGCCCAAACGGAGACCAAAUGGCAAGAGCUCUUCUGCUUGUAGGGUUCUUAUACAAAGUCAAGAGGUUGUUGGGGUUUCUGAUUCUCACUCAGUUAAGUCAACCAAAGAUGAUGACUUGGGCACCCUUGUUCAGCAUGCCAUGUAUCAGGCCACAGACAAUCUUUCUCCAUGUAAGGCUAGGCGAAUUCAGUCGCCCAAGAUGCGAUUUUCAGGUACAAUACGGAAAGCAAACAAGAUACUAAAGGGUCUACCUGAUUCUCCACCAAGGAGAAAAUUGAUGCAUCGGAUGGAGCAAAGGGAAUCGGCUCGCCUUGCUAUUUUGAACAUGGAGAAGUCAGUCCCAUUUUAG